GGAAGAGGUGCCGGCCGCUGGGGCUCCGACGCGCUUGCGCAGUCGUUGGACGCGGGCGUUUCUUUCCUUUUUUUUUUCGAAUUGGUUCUGACGGGCGUUUCGAGUUACAAAAUGGCGGCUCAGAGCGCUCUCUUCAACGUUCAGUAGCCGCUUCAGGCUGGGCGGAUGUCUCGUCCCCUCAGUGUCCGACUCCAAGCUCCCGAGGCCUGCUGACCACGAAGUCCUUGGAGGUGCUCGGCGUACCGGAAGCUCCCAGCGGCCGCGACCGCCGCCUCGGCCCUGUCCGCCGCGGCGCCGGGGACCCAGCGCGAUCUGCGGCGGCCGCUCAGGAGGUUCAAAAAAAUGGCCAAAAGAAUUGCCGAGAAGGAAUUAACAGAUAGGAACUGGGACCAAGAAGAUGAAGCUGAAGAGGUGGGAACAUUCUCAGUGGCCAGUGAGGAAGUCUUGAAGAAUAGAGCCAUAAAGAAGGCAAAGCGUAGGAACGUUGGAUUUGAAUCUGACAGUGGAGGAGCCUUUAAAGGGUUUAAAGGUUUGGUUGUGCCUUCUGGAGGAGGAGGAUUUUCUGGAUUUGGUGGUGGCUCUGGAGGGAAGCCUCUGGAAGGACUGACAAAUGGAAACAGCACAGCCAGUGCCACACCCUUCUCCAGCACAAAGGCAGCAGUGGAGCCCAAAGCAACCUUUGGUUCUUUUGCUGUGAAUGGCCCUACUACCCUGGUGGAUAAAAAGAUUUCAAGCCCCAAAUGUACUACCAGCAAUCAGCUGGCCUCCUCUGGCCCUGCUUCCAGUACAGCCUGCACUGGGAAUGUCUAUCACAAGCAGUUGGCUGGCUUGAACUGCUCUGUCCGGGACUGGAUAGUGAAGCAUGUGAAUACGAACCCACUGUGUGACCUGACGCCCAUUUUUAAAGACUACGAAAGGUACUUGGCCACGAUUGAGAAGCAGCUUGAGAAUGGAGACGGCCGCAGUUGUGAGAGCCAGACUGACAGGGGAGCGGCCGGAAUGCUGUCUCCUUCCCUCGUUAGUUCGGCUAACCUACGAGAGCCACCGUUUCCGUUUCACGGUAACAAAGCCGAGGACACAUCUGAAAAGGUGGAGUUUACAGCAGAAAAGAAACCGGAUGCAGCACAAGGAGCAACGAGUGCCUCGUUUAAUUUUGGCAAGAAAAUUGAGAGUUCAGUUUUGGGCUCGUUAAGCUCUGGCUCCCUGACUGGGUUUUCAUUCUCCCCUGGAAACUCUAGUUUAUUUGGUAAAGAUGCUGCCCAAAGUAAAGCUGCCUCUUCACCGUUUUCUGCUAAAGCAUCAGAAAGUCAAGCAGGAGGCAGCAGCAGUGAAUGCAGAGGUGGCGAUGAAGAAGAGAACGAUGAGCCGCCCAAGGUGGUGGUGACCGAAGUGAAGGAAGAGGACGCAUUCUACUCCAAAAAGUGUAAACUAUUUUACAAGAAAGACAAUGAAUUUAAAGAGAAGGGUGUCGGGACCCUGCAUUUAAAACCCACAGCCAGUCAGAAGACUCAGCUCUUGGUGCGGGCAGACACCAACCUAGGCAACAUACUGCUGAAUGUUCUGAUUCCACCCAAUAUGCCGUGCACCCGAACAGGGAAAAACAAUGUCCUCAUCGUCUGUGUCCCCAACCCUCCACUCGAUGAGAAGCAGCCCACAGUCCCGGUCACCAUGCUGAUUCGGGUGAAGACAAGCGAGGACGCCGAUGAAUUACACAAGAUUUUACUGCAGAAAAAGGAUGCCUGAGCACUGAGGCCCACCAAGGAAUGUUGCCACACUGCUGCUUCCCCUCUGCCCCCUAAACUUAGUCACAUUCUUUCCUGUUCUUACUGUGGCAUUCUGAGAACUUCAGGUAACGGGAAACUUCUGUGAGGAAGAUUAAGGCCAAUAAAACCUCUGGACGUGUCA